GUGGGCUGAGGAGGGAGCGGCGGGAGUGCAGGUGCCGGCGGUGUCGGGGCGAGAGAGAGAGAGGGAGGAUGCGGCUGCGCUCGGCGGCUUUGGCGGCGUCGUGCCUCCUGGUGCAGGCGCUGGGGGCCGGCCUCUUCCUCAGAGGCUUCUUCCCGGCGCCGGUCAGGUUGCGCCCCCGCCGCGGGGCGGCUCCUAUUCCUCCUCCGGAGCCGCCGGCCUCAGGAUCAUUUUCCAACUGGACCAAGCUUCCAUCUCCUCUCUUCAAAAGGACAGUCAUAGUGCUAAUUGAUGCCCUGCGGGAUGACUUUGUUUUUGGUUCAAAAGGGGAACAAUUCAUGCCCUAUACAACGCAGCUGAUCGAAAAAGGAACAUCUCAUAGUUUUGUUGCAGAAGCUAAGCCACCUACAGUCACUAUGCCUCGAAUCAAAGCAUUAACCACUGGCAACAUCCCAGGCUUCAUUGAUGUCAUCAUGAACCUCAAUUCUCCUGCCUUGCUGGAGGACAACUUGAUCUGGCAAGCCAAAGCAGCUGGGAAACGGAUCAUCUUUUAUGGCGAUGACACUUGGGUUAGACUGUUUCCAAAGCAGUUUGCAGAGUAUGAUGGAACUACAUCCUUUUUUGUCUCUGACUACACUGAGGUUGACAACAAUGUAACCAGACAUUUGGAUAAAGUGCUGAAAAGAGAAGACUGGGACUUACUCAUCCUUCACUACUUAGGACUGGACCAUAUUGGCCACCUCAGUGGACCAAACAGCAUUUUAAUAGGACCCAAACUUUCUGAAAUGGAUAGCAUCAUCAAGAAGAUUCAUACUUCUCUCCUCUCCAAGGAGGAAGGAGAAAAGGCUCUGCCCCCAUUACUGGUUGUGUGUGGUGACCACGGGAUGUCUGAAACAGGGAGCCAUGGAGGUUCCUCAGAGGGAGAAGUGCGGACACCCCUGCUCUUGAUCAGCUCUGCUUUCAACAAAAGAAGUGGUCCCCAGAAACCCCCAGAACUUGUUCAGCAGACUGACUUAGCUGUUACACUGGCACUAGGUCUUGGCUUGCCAAUUUCAAGGAACAGCAUUGGGAAGCUGUUGCUGCCUGUUGUACAACAGAAGACAAUGAGAGAACAGCUACGGUACUUGCAUUUAAAUGGAUUCCAGCUCAGCAGACUUCUCCAAGAGAAUGUGCCAGCGUAUGAAAAAGAUCCUGGAUUUGAACAGUUUAAGAUGGCAGAGAAAUCUCAUGGAAAUUGGAUCAAACUUUAUUUGGAGGGAAAUACUUCAGAAACUCUCAUAAACCUUGGCAAAAAGGUCAUUAAGCAGUAUUUGGAGGCCCUCAAGACCCUGAGCUCUUCUCUAAGCAAGCAAAUGGCGCAAUAUGACAUGUAUUCAAUGAUAGUGGGAACAGUGAUUGUUCUGGAGGUGUUGCUCUUGCUCUUGUUGAGCACCCCAAAAGCUCUGAGUAGCAAGGCACAACUUGAGGUCCCCCUCUCUCCAUUGUGUUCUCUUCUCUUCUACCUGUUGUGCCUGAUGCUCUGUGCCAUUCAUGUAGUGGUUUGUACUUCGAUGGAAAGCUCGUGCUAUUUCUGUAGCCUCUCGUGGCUAACAGCCAUUGGAGUCAUAAUGCUGGUUUCAGGGCUGCUGUGUGUCAUCCUGUCUGCUGUGGAAAAUGGAUUUGUGAAUCCAAAACAACCAACAAAGAAUCCAGCUGCCUCUACUUCCAGCUGGUCUGAAUUUGAUGUACUCAUUCUGGCAGGCACUGUUGGCCAUGUGUCAAGUCUGGGUGCUAGCAGCUUUGUUGAAGAAGAGCACCAAACAUGGUACUUCCUUGUCAAUACCCUCUGCCUUGCCCUGUGUCAGGAGAUCUGCAGGCACUACUUCUUGGCCAAAGAAUGUGAUCUUCAGCUGCUUUCUGCAGCAAAACCUGGUACAGAGGAAACAAAGGGAGUGUCUUGCCACCACAGGAAGGAUGUUAGCCUCUUCCAAGAUGAUUUGAAAAUGGUCUCUACCACCAAAGACAUAAGUGAUUCUGGGAAGUGGAUGGCAUUAGCCACUCCAUGGGUCAUUCUUAUUUGCUGCCGACUGCUUCGAUCAUUGAAUCAGACUGGAGUUCAGUGGGCACACAGGCCAGAUUUGGGACACUGGUUGACAAGUUCUGAACAUAAAGCUGAACUUUCUCUUCUGGCAGCUGUAUCCCUCGUUAUGAUCUUUAUUCUUGUUCAGCGGAGAUGUUCUCUGGUUUCGAAAAUAGCAAUGGCACUCGGACUCUUGGGAGUGUACAGUUACCGGGCAGCCAUUGGAAAUGUGGAAUUUCCAUGGCAACGAGACAGCAAAGAUAUUUCAAAAGGCAUAAUUGAAGCACGGUUCGUUUACAUCUUCGUUCUUGGCAUCAUCUUCACAGGCACCAAAGACUUGCUCAAAUCUCAGGUUCUUUCUGCGGACACAAAAACCAAGUUUACUGGUUUGUGGGAAAUAUACAGUGGGCUGGUGUUGCUUGCAGCACUCCUGUUGAGGCCUCACAACUUGCCAGUUUUAGUCUUUUGUCUGCUCUUCCAAGCCAUGAUGAUGAAGUAUGUUUGGAAGCCACUGGAGUUUGAUGCUGCUCAAGUUACUAUAAUGCACUAUUGGUUUGGUCAAGCUUUCUUCUUUUUUCAGGGUAAUUCAAACAGCAUUGCCUCUGUAGACGUUUCAGCUGGUUUUGUUGGGCUCGAGAACUAUGUAGAAAUUCCAGCAAUCUUCCUAACAGGAUUUGCAACGUACUCAGGACCUUUGCUGUGGGCCAUUCAUUUGCUGUGCUAUUUGAGUUCUGAAGUUCACAGGAAUCCUGCUGCAGUGGGCCACGGCUGUUUCUGCUAUGCGCUGCUGCGCUCCAUCCCGGUUGCGGUGUACAUAAUCUUGGUGACAGCUUUGAGGUACCAUCUCUUCAUCUGGAGCGUCUUUUCACCAAAGCUCCUCUAUGAAGGGGUCCAUGUUCUCAUCACAGCCGGUGUGUGCGUCUUCUUCACAGCAAUGGAUCAGAACCACUUGCGCAGAGUCCAAGACUAAAAAUGCAGCCGUUGGGUGGAAUCUGACAUCAUGCACAGAAAGCAACUGACUCUUUACUGUGGCUUGUGGAUUCUUGCCUUUCAGAUUACCCAGCAGACUUUAAAGAUCAAUCUAUUUUUAGCGAACAUGUUUUAUAAAUCAGCUGUGCUGCAACAAGUCUAUCCCGAAGUGCUGUUGCAGAGAUAAUGGGAGUGAUCUUUCAAACUCUAAUUAAAAGACUGAAUGGCUUGGAAGAUUGUAUGCUCCCCAUCCCUUCCUGGACCAGAUCUCGUGACCCCACAGUUCAACAUUACAUCUGCAUUGAUCUUAAAUACAGUGAAGAUUCUUUCAUUAAAUAGGAUUCUUAAAUCAGAGCCCGAAGCUGGUUAAACUGAUUAUGUUGGAAAAUGGCUCAUGUUAAUUAUGAUUAAUAUGCACACUGAAUGCUUAAAAGUGGUUAAGGUAGGCGGGAAAAAAUUGGCAAUGGAAGGGAGAGAAAUUGUAACCCACGCCCAAUCUUUUAAUUGCAAUUGAGAGAUCACCUCUGUUGUAUCUUCAAUCCCAAAUUGAUCUAGCUUUGGGAAGGAGCAACCCAAAGAAGUUCUUACCCUUUGUAUUGCUCUUUAUUGCUGUUAUUUUUCAAAAUCCAAAGAGAAUUUCUUAGAUGCUCAGUGAUUUCUGAUUGCAGGAUAGGGGGACUUCUCUCUGUCACCAGGGUUAUAUUUUAUUUCAUGAUGGUUCCCCAGUUCUCACUUCCUAGAUGGGAGUUGUUACUUUAGCAAGUACGAGUUUUCUGUCCUCAAUGACUUCAGCGGAAAGCUUGUGGUCAGUGCUCAAGAAUUUAAAACUGUGAAUUGCUAUCCCUCUUGGCUUUUUGUUGUGUGAUGAUUAAAGACGUCAGAGAUGAAAUACUACUGGUUAAUAUAACACAUAGAAGUGCCAGUUUCUUGGGCAAAGUCAGGAAUAUUUUUCUUGGGCAAAGUCAGGAAUAUCUAGUCAACCCCUCUGCUUCCCAAAUCAUCCACCGCAAGGUCAGACCUUGUGAGAAUACUUUCCCAUACUCUAGGAUACAAUCUUCCCCUUUCUAUAGAUGCCUGCCCUCUUUUGAUAUUCUCCGAACAUGUUGCCACACAAUAUGACCAGAUGUUGUAAACUGGAGAUUACAUAUAUUAAAAAUGUAAUAUAAUGUACACAUAGCAGUUAUCUGAACGUAGCUUACAGAGUUUCCUGUCAUUUGCUUUGAUUAUUUUGUUUCUGCAAACAGCAGUCAAAGAAUAUGAAAGAGCUUAAACAGCUGUCAUAUCUGAAAAACUUAAAAAUUCCGUAUGAGCAAUAAUGGCACAUUUUGGAACUUCAACCAACCAAUACCAUUAUUUUUGAUAGAUGGAUCCUGGCAUGGAAAUGUUGCAUAUGUAAUGAUGUGAGUUACUUUCUAUCAGAGAUUGUCAGCACAUAGAGAGCUGACAGCAAGAUUCGUGUAAAAUAAGAAAUGCAAAGUGUAUGUUUUUAAAUAUAUAUAUUUAUAUACUUUGUCUGGUAACUGUAAUUCUCUUGAAUGAAAAAUUAUUUUCCUAUAUGCUGUUAAGAUACAGAUUAAGUAUCCCAUAUCCAAACCUCCCGAGAUCAGAAGUGUUUGGGUUUUUUUUUUAAUUCUUUGAGUUUGGAAUACCUGAGUUUGCAUAUAUGUCCAUAAUAAGAUAUCUUGGAGAUAGUACGUCUAAACACGAAAUUUAUUUAUGUUUCAUAGACCACUCUAUGUCCCCUGGGGGAGAAGAGCAGUAUAUAAAUAAAAUAAAUACAUAAAUACAUAGCCUGGAGACAAUUUUACAUAGUACUGUAAAUAUUUUUGUGUAUGGAACAAAGCUUGUGUACACUAAACUAUCAGCAAAAAAUUGUCUCGCUCAGCUACUUGUGUAGACAAUUAUGGAGUACUUUGGAUUUUGGAAUUUCAGAUAAGGGAUGCUCAACUUGUACGACUUUCCUCUAAGAAUUUAAUUUAUGUGAUAUAAAUGGAAACAGGUCUUGCGUUUUCCUCAUUUUUGUAAUGUUUAGACUAGCAUUUACUGCUUUUAUUGAUCUGCUCCAGUCCGGUAGUCCAUUUUCCAAUGGAGACAUAAAAAGCUCUCUUAACAGCUAAACACACAGUGCUCUGUCUUAUACUUUAUAUGCUGUCUGGUGCUGGUGGCCUUUGGUUUGUGAAUCUAAGUUAGAAAACUAGUUUUUACAUUGAUUGCAUUUUUCAAACAGUGUCUAACCAUGUCCUCUAUAAUUUCAAGUUUGCUCAUGCUCCAACAACUAUCAGAUCAAAAUGUAGUCAUGUGGAAUAUCUGGCCCUCCAGAUGUUUUGAGUCACUACUUCCCAAAUCCCUUCUGAUUGGCUGUGCUACUCGGGGCUUCAGAGAGUUGAAGUCCAAGACAACUGGAGGAACAAAGAUUCCCUACCCUUGCCUUCCAGGAAUAGUCUUUGCUCCUCCAGUGUGGAAGUAGAAGGAAAAUGCUGUAAGCAUUUGCGAUUUACAGGCUUCUUUUAUUCAUCUCUACAGUGUUACAAACAAGGGAUACGAAAGGCCUAAUAAUGGCUUUGAUGUAGCAUUUGCAGCUGUAAAUCUCAUUGUCUUGAGCUACACAGUUUGAAAAACACUUUUUAUUGAACGCUAUUGGAAGGGUGAACAGCGGCUGAGCAAAUAACGGGGCUUUGGCAAACUUCAGUUGAUAUUUUUCUUGCUUGGAAAGCCUCUUGUUUCUUGUAUUUCUAGGGUAAUGUAAACCAAACUGUUUGCAUGCAGAGUUCAUUAAGGUGAUUAGUUAUUUGGGUGAGUAGCCCUCUGGAAGAAGGUAAGCCUAGAGCAGGAGUGUCAAACCCAUUUUCACUGAGGGCCACAUCAACGUGUGGUUGCCUUCAAAGGGCUGUCGGUAAGACUGUAUAAAUAACUACAUUGUCCUGGCAUUAAAAACUUCGUAGGCCACAUAAAAUGAUGUGAUGAGCUGGAUUUGGCCAUGCCUUUGACUCUUGUGACCUAGAGCAAUGGCUUGUACACAGUUGCAGAAAGGAUGGGAAUGCUGCUGACCAUGGUUCCAACCUUUCCUGAAGCUAAAGGGAAAUAAAAUUGCUCAAGGCAAGAGCAAUAGGUCAGGCAUUGUGUCCUCAGGCAUCACCUGAAUGCCUCACCAUUGUCAACAGCUUCUGUCUAUCCUCCUAUGUCUCAUUCUCCACAAGCACAGACCCCGUGCUGAGAAUCCCUCCAACUUUAAAUUCCUCCCUAUGCCAAGGAGCAGCAUUUCUAUUUGCAUUCACUCUCAAUGGAUUAUAGUGCCCCUCAUGCUGUUGCUGAACUUUAGAGUUCGGUGAAAGGGCCCAAAAAGCAGAACCGUGAAAGUUACUUUUUAUUUCAUUCUUUUCCUUGUUGCAGUUCCAACGAGGCGUACAUUAUUUUUACUCAUUGCAUUACUUACAGAAUUACUCGUCAAGCUGUCGGUUAUUCACCUUUUUGGGGAGAUAGUGAGAUGGAAAAAAUCCUUAAGAUCGAUAAAUGCCUCUGUAAAUGUUCUCUGAAGCAUAAUGAAAAGCAAUUGCUCGUCAUAUUCUCUCAUCCCAUAACACCAUCCCCUCCUGGUAUUUUUUACUUUUGAAAUAUAGCUGUAUUGUGCUCUUGUUAUUUCCCUGUAACUACUCCAAAGCUUAGAGAGAGCACUUGCUGAGCGAAGAAACAGCAGGAAGGUUAUCUAAGGCCCUCAGGAGGUUAAGUGUUGUUUUUUCAAAUCUAUUUAUUACAGCACGCUAGUGUGCCCCUGCAUAAGGUUUAGGAAUUAGCUGUCCUGGGGCAGAUGAUUGCUUGGGUCUUUUUAAAAGAAGAACAUAGAUGGUAAAGAAAGCACUUAGUCAUACCACUUGUAAAUAAAUUUUGUGCUUCUCGUAAUCCUUCUGGAAUGCAUGUGUGUGCAUUCACAUGGCCUUCUGUAUAUCAUACAUCUGGUUUGUGCUUUGAAAUGAUUUCUGACUUAAGGCAAGCUUGUUAUGGAGUUUUCUUGCCAGGAUUUGUUCAGAGGAGGUUUGCCAUCACUUGUCUCUGAGGCCGAGAGAGUGAGACUUGCUAUGUCUGAAUGGGAAUUCAUACCCUGGUCUCCUGACCAACAUUCAAACCACUACAACUCAAUCUACAAGGAAAAUCACAUUCAAAGCACCCCUGAACUUGCGGACCAAAAGGUGCCAGGUUCAAAUCCCGGGAGCGGAAUGAGCGCCCGCUGUUAGCCCCAGCUCCUGCCAACCUAGCAGUUUGAAAACAUGCCAACGUGAGUAGAUCAAUAGGUACCGCUCCGGUGGGAAGGUAACGGCGCUCCAUGCAGUCGUGCCGGCCACAUGACCUUGGAGGUGUCUACGGACAAUACCGGCUCUUCGGCUUAGAAAUGGAGAUGAGCACCAACCCCCAGAGUUGGUCACGACUGGACUUAACGUCAGGGGAAAACCUUUACCUAUGAUCCUAAAGCAAACAUGGGCCGUAGAUGAUAAUAAUAAGAAUAAGAAUAAAAACUUUAUUUAUACCCCGCCACCAUCUCCCCAACGGGGACUCGGGGCGGCUUACAUGGGGCCAUGCCCAGAGCAAUACAAUAUAAUAGAAUAUAAAAGAACAACAAAUCAUAACACAUUGAACAAUACAAUAAAUGAAAAUAUACAUUACAACGCAAAAUCAGAAGAACAAUAAAAACAAGGGUGGGCCACAUGAACACUUAAGUUAAAACUCGGGGUGAGAAAGAAAUAAGAAUAAAAACCACAAAGAACAGGGUCAUAAAAUAGUGGUGCAAUCUAGAGGAUAGAUAUUGGAGGAGAGCAACAGAGAAGAUGUAUGUAGUAAUUACUCUCCAAAAGCACAACGGAAGAGCCAUGUUUUCAGGUCUUUCUUAAAGGCUACUAAUGUGGGGGCUUGCCUAAUCUCUUUAGAUACCCUAAAGACACCAGAUCCAAUAGGAUCUUUCAAGAUACGCAGGGCCAGCUCUAGUUAACACAGUCUCACUCGGAUAUGAGACAGCAAAAUGGUAAGGGGUACUAUGUCAUCCCUGAAAAUUUCUAUUUCUUUUGCUGUUCAAAAAAGACACCAUGCAGAAAUCAUACUCCCAUUAGCAUUAACCUAUGCCAGAUUAAGCAGGCUGGGAUUAGUUAGUGCUAAACACAGGUCUGAUAUGAACCAUAAAUCUACAACGGGAUCCUAUUUCACAAGCCAUUCCCAUUCCAAGAGGACAGGUGGAAUCUCCUUUCCUAUAGUUUGAAGCCAUUGUUCCGCGUCCUUGUCUCCAGGGCAGCAGAAAACAAGCUUGCUCCCUCCUCCCUAUGACUUCCUCUCACAUAUUUAUACUUGGCCCUCGUCAUCUAUCCUCUCAGCCUUCUCUUCUGCAGGCUAAACAUGCCCAGCAAUUUAAGCCACUCUUCAUAGGGCUUGUUCUCCAGACCUCUGAUCAUAUUAGUUGCCGUCCUCUGGACACAUUCCAGCUUGUCAACAUCUCCCUUAAAUUGCAGCACACAGAAUUGGACACAGUAUUCCAGGUGUGGUCUGACCAAGGCAGACUACAGGGAUAGCAUGACUCCCCUGGAUCUAGACACUAGACUCCUAUUUGUGCAAGCCAAAAUCCUAUUGGCUUUUUUAGCUGCCGCAUUGCAUUGUUGGCUCAUGUUUAACUUGUUGCCCACGAGGACUCCCAAGAUCUUUCUCACACGUACUGCUGUCGAGCCAGGCACACUGCUUUCUGUUCUUUGCACAAUUUUAACUUGUGAAUUUUAACCUACAUUAUACCUGUGUGUAUGUUAUUUGUAUUUUAAUAGUGUUUGGUUCUACUUCACUGUAUUGGCUAUGUUGUACCUUGUAGAGGUGAGUAAUAAAUAUUAUUAUUAUUAUUAUUA